AUGGCCGACGGCGUCGACAGCUCGCUCCUCAGCCGCCUGCAGGCCCUCCGCGCUUCUAGCGCCACGCCCGAGCUCCCGGCCCUGAGCAUCAGUGUCGAUGUCAUUGAGCGCGCAGAGACGCCCACGCGCGAGGAUGCCCUGGCCGCCCGCCUCAAGCGCCUACGUGACCGCGACGGGCUCUCCUCUUCUCCCUCAUCAGCCAUCUCGUCGCCUGCGAAAAAGAACUCGCCCACGGACGUGAAACCUCAUCUGCGCAACCGUCAUCCACCGAAUGACGAAACACCGUCUCCGUCGCAGCAGCAGCGAGGCCUCUCAGACGAUGACGACAACACCGACGCAGAGGCCCUUUUUCGCACCGACGACGACACCCUAGAGGAGCUCCUCGGCGGCGACCUGGACGACCAGCCGCCGGGCCACGUUGCAGCUCCCCAGCCGCCCGGCGACGACGAGGUCAAGGCUCUGCUGGAGGAACUGGCUGCGGCGAUCCCAACGGAUGGGGAAGAGGGGCCCAAGGAUCGGGAUUCUGACGACUCUGACGGAGAGCAAAUGACCAAGGAGACAGACGACGUAAUCGCCAGGUUCCAGGACGAGCUUGAGCUGGACACGGCUCUGGGGCAAGGCGAGCCCCAAGAUGCACCGCAAUCAAGAGGCAACGAUGAGGAAGAGCAAGACCUCCCCUCCCUUCCCUCCACCAUCACCACCCCUCCCACCGCCGCCACCCCCCGCGACGACAUCGCCGCGCGCAUGGCCGUCCUCCGCGCAUCCUCCAGUUCUCCAUCACCCUCUUUCCCCUCAGUCCCGACCUCCCGGACCGCCUACACCGACGACGACGUCGACUCGUGGUGCACCGUCUGCCUCGCCGACGCCACACUGCGCUGCCUUGGCUGCGACCAUGAUCCCUAUUGCUCGCGCUGCUGGUGGGAGAUGCACCUCGGCCCCUCGGCGGGCUUUGACGAGCACAGUCACAAGGCGAUUCAGUUCACGGGCAAGAGAGAGAGGGAGAAAGAGAAGAUAGCGCUAGGGGCGUCGUAA